GUUACAGGGUGUGAGAAUUGAAGCGACUCUCUCUCUUUCUGAUUUGUUCUUCUUACCCACACGGAGUAGAGCUUCCACAGAUGGUUUUGGAACCCUAAUACUUUCAUCUUUGUGCUUCGAAUCUCUCACUCCGAGGCGAAUAGAGCUGAUUAAAUUUGGGGUUUCCGAUCUCUAAUGGCGAAACGGGAGAAUUCUGAUGCAAUGAGGACCGAAGUUUGCAUCAACGAAGUCCUCACAGACGAUGAGCUUCGAGCAAUCAUGACGAAGUUAGAGAACGACAAGGAUAAAGAGAAUUUGGGAUUUGUAUGUAAACGAUGGCUUUAUUUGCAGAGUACGGAGAGGAGGAAGCUCUGCGCUCGUGCGGGUCCAUUGAUGCUUCAGAAAUUGGCGGCGAGGUUCACUCGUCUUGUUGAGUUAGAUCUUUCGCAGUCUUCCUCUCGGUCGUUCUUUCCUGGUGUCACCGAUUCUGAUCUGGCCGUUAUUGCCGCGGGGUUUGGUUGUUUGCAGGUUCUUAGUCUACAGAACUGUAAAGGUGUUACAGAUGCUGGAAUGGUGGCACUUGGAAAUGGCCUUACCUGUUUACAAUCCUUGGAUGUCUCACACUGCAGAAAGUUGACAGACAAGGGACUUGCAGCCAUAGCUAAGGGCUGUGUCAGUUUGAGAAGCUUGCAUCUUGUGGGUUGCAGAUGCAUUACUGAUGGACUAUUAACUUCCCUUUCUAAGAAUUGUCACAACCUAGAAGCAUUGGUACUGGAAGGUUGCACCAAAAUAACCGACUCAGGACUCACAGCCCUUGUUGAUGGUUGUCGACAUAUCAAGGUUUUAGAUGUCAAUAAAUGCAGCAACAUUGGAGAUAUUGGAAUUAUUAGCGUAUCCAAAGCUUGUUCUUCUCUGAGGGCUUUGAAGUUACUGGACUGCUACAAAGUUGGAGAUGAUUCUAUAUUUUCCUUGGCUCACUGCUGCAAGAAUCUUGAGACUCUUGUCAUUGGGGGAUGUAGGAACAUCUCCAACGAGUCUAUUAAGAGCCUUGCAUCUGCCUGUCAUAGAAGUCUAAAGAAUUUGCGGAUGGAUUGGUGUUUAAAAAUCUCUGAUUCUUCGCUGAGCUGCGUACUAUCUAAAUGUAAAAAUCUAGAGGCCCUUGACAUUGGGUGCUGUGAGGAGGUGUCGGACACAGCUUUUCAGGCAUUGGGUGGUGGCGGCCAUGACUCGGCUUUGAAGAUUUUGAAGGUGAGCAACUGUCAGAAAAUUACUGUUUUGGGGAUAGGUAUGCUUUUAGAGUCCUGCAAAAUGCUGAAGUAUCUUGAUGUGAGGUGUUGCCCACAUGUUACAAAGUUAGGUUGUGAGCAGGCUGGGUUGAGGUUUCCAGAAUACUGUAAAGUGAAUUUUACAGGCAGUUUAUCCGAGCCAGAUGUGCUUAUUGGAAUGAGAUCACUGUGGUUCAGUAACAUUUGAAUUCAUCUGAAACAAGACCACGUAGUUAUUGGGGAUUCUGAGAGCACUGCAACAACAGGUGACCAUAGCUUCUGAAAUGUUUUAUAAGCUACAUUUCCUCUAGAAUUUCCCUCCGCAUGUUAUCUGUUGAGUUAUCGAUUGCAUGGACAUUGCUUUCUGGCCUUAUAUUUAUACUGUACAUAGGGCUGCAAUCCUUUUUUUUUUUUUUUAAUGAAAAGGUCUGUAAUCUGUUACUCCCAUGUAAUAGUAGAGUAGUUUCUGGUUCCUCUCAGAAACUUAUUUGAUGGACUUGAUUUAGUCUGAA